AUGCUCAUCUCUCCCCUCCAGCGCUGCCUCUUCUACCUCUCCUGCAUCCUCUUUAAAAGCUGCUUGUCCUUCAAGAACGAUGGCACGGAGAUCCUCUACUCCCAUGUGGAUAAACAUCUGCUGCACGCCACCAACAGCAGCUCCAUCAACCAAGCCCGCAACGGGGGCAGACACCCACACUCAACUCGCCCGUGGACAGAACGAACCAUCAUCAAGUUGGGUGCCGAGAACUGAGGUCCACCAAGUAUAUUUCGGAUGGUCAGUGCACUAGUUUGAGGCCAUUAAAGGAACUGGUUUGUGCUGGAGAGUGCCUUCCUCUUCCAAUUUUACCGAACUGGAUCGGAGGUGGCUACGGUCUCAAAUACUGGAGCCGCAGGAGCACCCAGGAAUGGCGUUGUGUCAACGACAAAACGCGGACCCAGCGCAUACAGCUGCAGUGUGCUGACGGUACCAGCAGAACCUACAAAGUGACAGUGGUUACUUCCUGCAAGUGCAAAAGAUACACCAGGCAGCACAAUGAGUCCAGCCACAACUACGAAGGCAACGUCAAACCUAUCCACCCCCACCAUCACGGCCACCACAACCGGGACAAGAAAAGACCGAGCAAAAUCAGCAGGCUCAUCUCAAGCUAG